AUGCUAGGAAAGCAAAUCAAUACAGUAAAAGUUCUCAUUAUUAUCUGGAUAUUUUCUUCGGCGGAGUUCACGGGAAUUUCCCAAGAGACCUGUGACAAGAUCGAUGACUGUUCAUGCAAAAAAAGCAACGGGAAAAUCAUCAACUUACGAGAAAUCGAUGGAGGCUCGAAGGCAGCGUAAGUAUUUUUAUUCGCUCUUCACGCGGGUAGUGUGAGAUGACAUGAAUCUGUGCACUUUCUGAUGAUUAUCAUAUAUCAGAGCGAUCAAAAUGUGUCAAUAAUUUUGCAAUCGGCGUAGCAAGGGUCGAAACAGGUAGGGGAUAAGCAGGGUAUAUUUCUCUCCUCUGACUUAAACAGGACUAACCACUCAAAGGCCUGUGGGACCCGUCCUUUAAUUAUUACUUCGAAAAAAAAUAUCUAGGUAAUCAGCACAUUAACAGCAAAAAGGUUCUCUCGAACCCCGGGGUCUCGAACCAAGCUCGAAAUAUGAGCAUCGGCAUGGAGCUGCAUGGCUGCGUAACCUCCGAAAUAAAAGUUUGUAUGGGGAGCGAUUUAUAGGAAUUGUAUGGGUUUUAGUGUAAACAGGUUUGCUCUCUCUAUAAUCCGUCCAUACAGGGACGAAACCGGUUGAAAAAAAAAAAACAUAAAAUGGCCAUAAAUCGGCUUGGGAACCGCAGGAAGAAUCACGCAACUUUUAAAAGUGAGGUUAGCUGAUUCUUAUUUAAAUUCUUUCACGUCCGUAGGUAAAAAGAACAACUGAUUUUUUCCUCAUACAAAUUCUUAUAGUCAAACGUCACGGUAAAAUGCCGAUGCUAAUUCUUUUUUGGGUUAGGCUACCUCUUGUGUUUGCAUAGGCCGGCGUGACAGAGCAACGUUUGAAGGUGAACGGACAGGGGGAUAAAGGCGCGCUAUAACGCAUGGAAGGGAAUCUUUCACCGUGUGGUCAAAGGCGAGAAAUUUGCAAAUGUACUUCGAAGCUAAAUAUAAGGGUAUUUUUCUUUCACCAUUUAAAGGUUUACAAUGUCCCUUUUAUUAAAAAAAAAAAGGUUUUUUAGAAACCUCUUCUCCUCUUCUUUCUUUGUACUCACUCGUCCUCGAAAUUUUUUUCUUCGCUCCGAAAAAAACUGACUGGCCCCUCCUACACAUGCCAGAAAAAAUAGUUUCCCUCAGAGCCGUUUUAGUGUCGUCACGCAGCAAUCUACAACCCAGAUUUCCCAUGUAAAGACAGAGUGAGAUAAGUCACGCAACACCACUUCUCGCCACUUUAGAAAAAUAAGGAAACUGAGCCGAGUUAACUUUCGCAAAGACCUGUUGGCCAAUAGCUGAACGGCGAGUCCUCAGUAACGAUCCCAGAAGUCUUUGCGAAAUCUGAUUCUCUCCAGUUUCCCUCUCGUUUUUAAAGUGCCAAAUUGCACCAGCUUUUCCCUCUUACACACCCUUUCCCCCCGCCCCCCCCCUCCCCCCCCCCCCCCAAACAGAUCUUUCUCCCGAUACCUGCCAUCUUUGAAGGUGCUUUAGGAUUGAUGAGAUAAAAGCAAUGUCACGUGGUACUGUAUUUGAGAGGCAAACAAGAAGUAAAAUUUGCCAAUAGGAGAAAUCGCGGCCGAGGUAUUAUCUUCUCUUAAAACUAGAGGACGAUUUAAGUUCCGCAAAAGGCACAGUUCUAGUUUCGAAAAGUUCUACGUCAUUAUUGCUUGAUGUGAGAACAUCUACGGUCGCUACUGCGUCUCAAAACGUAAAAUAAUCACUUCUACCCAUAAUUUGUCAUCAUCGUUUUUAAGAUAACAAGUUCUUCAUUUUCUGUUGUGUAGAAUAAACAAACUCAACAGCGAUUUUUUGUAUUGGGAGAUUUUAGUACUUGUUUGCCCCCUGAGAAGCCACGUGACAUCGCUUUUAUCCCAUCAGUCCUUCAGCGCGUGCAAAGAUGGCAGGUGUCAAGAAUAAGGGCCCCUGGAAAAGGCUACUAUUUCUGGAAUAUCUAACUUUUAGGUUGCAUCCCACAAGCGAGGGAGGCUGCAGAGCAUUAAUUGUUAAUUAAUUUAUUGAUUGUUACAGUUUCAACAUGGCUUUUUCAAAACAGUCCCUGGGUCAAUUAACUUGUACGUUAAUUUUUUAUAGUUUUAAAAACAUUCCAACUGUUCGCAGUAAGCAAUAUACAUUUGACUGGAAUCCUUGUACGAGCUUCAGCGAAAACUCUGAAUGUCUCAAUAUGCUGGUAAGUUAUUAACAUUUUCAAUUUUAAUUAUAAUGAAGUUCGGAUAUAACACGCACUCUGAUUGGCUGAGAGUAGAGGUUAUGUGAGUAUAAAACACGGAGGUCAAGCUGUCACAUCACCUGCCAAUAGUCAUAUUUAAGCAGUUUGUUUUCAAAUUGUCGUGUUAAUAACGUCCAGGUUUUCAUGGGCCACAAUUCGGCGGGAUUUAAGUGAACCUUUUACCUUUAGAACCUGAUUUUUGGGCGUAAAAUUUCCUCUGCAUUCGAAUUCGGAGAGCGUUUAGCUCGUUUCACUUAGUGAUAGCUGGAAAGUGGAAGCAAAAACAAACAGCGCCAUGUUUCAUAGCCAACGAUAUCAAUUUGCUUUUAAAUAAAAUCCCAAGAGUCAGAGGUUUCUUUUUAGUUUAAUACCCUUAAAAACUCAAGCGGCAAAACGGUGAAAAUGAGGCGUAACGCGUUUAGGGGAAAUUCUUGAGCCGUUCUUAAAGCACGGACUGGCACAAUAUUUUAGCUUCAUCAGGUGUAUUAUUUUUUGAACGAACCUUUUGAUGCCCGGAUAAACGACACCCAUAUAUCAAAACCCUUUCAAUCAACCAAAGCGGAAACACAUCGUUUAUAGAUAGUUGACUAAAACUGUGUGCUUCCAAACAAGGGUAUAAAAAAGACUGCCAAAAUGGAAAGGCGGUUUUUAUACGAUCUCAGGAAAAAUAACUCUCUUAUUUUGCGCCGUUAUUAGAUUGAUACAAGUUUAACAUAACAAGACUACAAUCACAAUUUGACAACCCAAUUGAUAAAAAAAAGCAAAUAAAGUCAUCUGAAAACGACGUCGGAGAACUGAGGUUAUGGUGUACUCGGAAAAGACGUGCGUACCUCUAGAAAAAGCCUAGCUACUGACACUUUCUUUCCUUUAGUAUGUUGCCUAUUUUCUUGCAGGCGGUUUUACUGUGAUUCGCUCUCUUCUAAGUCUAGAAUUUAUGUAAUAGAAUCGCUAGAAACAUCAGAACUGCAAUUAAGCCCAUGUUUCGCGAUAAUUUCUUUUUCUUGUUUUGUUUUUUGUUGUUGUUGUUGUUGUUUUUUUUUUUUUCUAUUCAAGAUGUGCCAGAAAAAUUUGCAUUCUACAGAUGAAAACAACCCAUGUGCGCAGAAGACCUCUAAAUUUAAAGUUAACAAGGAUGGUACAACCACUAUUAUCUACCAGUCAUUUACUGACAGCAAGGACUACAAACGGUAUGUAACUAAAUUUCGAUGUUUAUUUGGGAAACUCUGUGAUUCGGUUUAAUCUGAUCAGCGGAAAAUGCAUUGACAAUGUAAUGAGUCAGUCAACAUUUCGAGUGAAUUCAUUAAAUCCUGAAUCUGUCAGGUCGAUGAAAUCUUAUUGUGCGAUCAUUGAAAAUACAAAACCUGUGAUUCAUUUUGUUUAAAUGUUCAACUUCAGAGUCAUUAAAACCAAUCUUUUACUCAACAUAAUCAAUGACUAAAGUUCAGUUAAGUUUUGCUCAUGUUACUUUACCCGGUUCUAAUGUUACCAUGCAGGAAGAUCAUGAAGUCACUUUCGCGGGUGAGAAAGAUAUUAAGUAAAGUGGUUUGGCAAUUUAAGGGAAAAAACAGCGAGAGCUUUGUGUUUUUUUUCCUCCUCAGCCUCAAACCAGCUCAUUUGAUUUUUCAAGCCUUUAUUUAGUGUCAUUUUUUCCUUUUUUUUCAGAUCAGUGGAGAUCACACUUAAAUGUGACGAAUCCCAGUAUCCAGGAAAUACAGGGAGCGGAGUAACAGAACGUUACGAACCAAAAAAUUCAGCCUAUGUAAGGUUUUGACGAAUAACCGUUUUUUGCUCCUUUUUUUUGGCAAAUUAUCCAAGUCCAAUCAAGAUGUUGUUCUGUUUCAAACUUUUUCAAGGCCAGGUUCAAAUACCGAAUGUUUCAUGAGCACAACUUCGUUCAAAUUAGGAGGACCUCUUUUAAUAAAAAGUACUCCUGCUUAAUCGGACUGAUCUAAUAAUUCGCUUCUAAUACAUUUUAGAAUAAAUGUUAAAAUUCCUGGACAUGCUAUCACUUUAAUUUAUGCAUUAAGAUCGGCACGUGAAAAGAUGGGCAUCCGAAAAUCCCCGGCCCAAACAUAGGCGACAAUACAAGAGUGGAUGAGUUGUUCUAACAUGAAAUAUAUGAAGCUUUUGAUAUUUUUAAUUCAACACAUUAAGUUCAGCUCAUGAAACAGAUUACUUCUCUUGAGCGCUUCCAAGAUGUGGAAAGCCGCAUUUUUAGUGUGCUAAGAUGGCUAAAUAUCGCAAUUGAUAGGGUUCUUGGGCUGCACCCUGCUAUUACAGCGUGACUGAUGUGUCUUUGACGCUGUACGGUUAGUGUAUAAUCUGGGACAGUUUUGCAGCUUCGCAGCUUCCGACUUGGAAGAUUUCUUUCCGUAACAUAUACGAGUUGGUUUAUUCGAUUCAAUUUUUUGUUUCUGUUACAAUCUGUUUCCUCGUAGACUAUGGUUUUUACAUCCAGAUGCGCAUGUGACAAUGGCUGUGAUAGUCCAUCAGAAUCAGGAAGUAGCAAACUCAGUAUUGGAAGUAUUUUAUUGAUAGUGUGAGUUCAAAUAGAUUUUAGCUAUUGUAUUGAGUUAUGGAUCCGCAUAUUUCAAUACUUUGUACGACCUCAUGGAUCAGUUUAGGUUUGUGGGAAACUGCCCACCUACCCCUCCCCUAAAUUAACAUCUUGCCCUAAACGAGAAGUAAGUGUUAACGUUGGCUUAGGGGAGGGGUAGGUGGGAAGUUUCCCAGAAACCUAAAUUGAUCCCAUAAAUCCCAGUUUCAGUAACGUCUGCGGAGCAGCGCCGAGACUCAACGAUCCGGAAAUGCUUUUCAGAUUUGCUUUUAUUCUGAUUGACAAAUCGACAUUGAAUAGACUAAUCAUGGCUCGUACUCAAAUCCUGGUACACAGCAGGUGGGGGCGAUCGAAGAGCAAGGAUUUCGCAGCUGUUUUGCCUUACCACAGUUAAGUUUCGUCUGUGGCGCACGCUACGAAUGCAGCCGCUAAUCAUCUUUUCAGCAACGUCUUCAUCCUCCAGGGACAAGGGAAGAUUAGAAAGGGCAGUAUUCCCAGGCUACUAUUUUGUUCUACUUGCGUAAUGUUUUUACGUCUUUUUUUUUUCAGGUUUUUCGCAUUGCUUCUUUUUUAUUUAAUUGCUGGAGUUCUUAUUAAAAGAUACAAAAUGGGAGUAGAAAGUGUGCCGGAGGUGAUACCUAAUUACGAAUUCUGGGCUGGAAUUCCAUCUCUUGUUAAGGUAAAUAGAAGCCGACUUUACCAAGGUAUUACUUAAAGUUUAACCCAUGGAACACGGAACCAGGAAGUUUUAGCUGUGGAAUCCGGAUUCCUGGACUUUGGAAACUGGAAUACAGCUCACGAAAUCCGCAAUCCCACUCAAACGAUUGGAAUCCAGAAUCCAGUACUUAAAAUCCAGAAUCCACGGUAUGGAAUCCAGAAUCCAAGACUGUCUUGAUUUUCCGUACAUGGGGCGAAAUCUAGCCACAAGUUACUUUUGUACUUUGCAUUAGUACUGCUCUUCUAAGGAUUCGUCCUUACCCCCACUCUUACAGUCUCUGAUAUAACCUCUCUUUUCAGGAUGGAGUUAUAUUUACAUGUCAAGGCGUAAGAUCUGGAUGUUCUUCAUUGUACCAGAGGUCCAGUAAAAGUGGCUAUGACAAGAUUUAA